CGUCAUCCGUGUGGUCCGUUGAAGCUGUUGGCGGAAAUUUUUGAAAAACAGCAAAGUCGAAAUAGGAUCCAUAUCUCAGUCAACAUGAGCCGAAGACCAAGCAGCAGACAUUCCGAGAUGCAGCUGCGCGUGGCUGAUGGCAGGAUGAGUAUGGCGAAUGCCACACCACAGAGCAACAAUGUAUUUGGGAAGCUGAACAUCCCAAAGCCUCUGUCUUGCACAUCAGAGAGGAAGACUAGCUUUUUUGGAAAAGGAGCUGGUGCAGGUGUGGGUGGACAGAGAAACAGCAUGUUCGGGAAUUAUGGCGGUCCAGAGAAGAUGAAAGACCCCCGACCUCUUCAUGACAAAUCAUUUGUUCAGCAGUGUAUCAAACAGCUUUGUGAGUUCCUUGGAGAUAAUGGCUUCCCGGCUACAAUCACAGUCAAAUCUCUCCAGUCACCUUCCACUAAAGAGUUCGUGAAGAUCUUUGAAUUUAUCUACAGUUUGUUGGACCCCACCAUUCAAAUGCCCACAGCUAAGGGUGAAGAGGAAAUCCCUAGGAUGUUGAGAGAUUUGGGGUACCCAUUUCCAAUAUCAAAAACCUCCAUGUCCUCUAUUGGGGCACCACAUACGUGGCCUCAGGCUCUGGGAGCGCUCAUCUGGCUCACUGACACAGUCAGGAGCUUUAACAGCAUGAAAGGUCAGGACAUGCUGUUUGGGGACUUUUCAGAUGGCUUCACUGAGUUGGAGGAUGGAAUGGAGUACAAUAAGCUUUUUACAGAAUACUGCUCUAAGACUUACAAUAAGUUCAUGCAAGGAGCAGAUACCUUUGAGGACGAGGAUGCAGACUACCUCGGUCAUCUGAAGAGGCUGUAUAAUGUCGAUGAGGCUCUACUGGAGUCACAGCAGGAGAAAUACAGUGUGUUGAUGUCUGAGGUGGAAAGACUGGAGAAAGAAAGCCAUGCUGAUCGUUUGAUGGGACAGAGGACUGAGAAACUGAAGUUACAGACUGACCUCCAGAAGCUGCAGAGCUACCGUACUUCAAUGGAGUCUUUUAAAGCCCACCAGGAGAAUAAGGCUACAGUGCUGUCUGAGGAGCUGGAAGCAGCAAACCUUCAACUAGAGAGUCUGAAGAGGGAGCAGGCUAGACUGCAGCACAUCCUGGAGAAUCAGAAGUUCACUCCAGCUGAUAUUGAGCGCAUCAACAGAGAGAGGAACGAGCUGCAACAGAAUGUGAACACCCUGAGCCGCAGUCUUGAGGAGGCCCAGCAGCUUGCCUGGAAUGAGGAGCUCACCCUGGUCAAAACCAAAGAGAGGACUGAAGUAAAGUUGGCAGAGUACCACAAGCUGGCACGUAUGCUCAAGCUCAUCCCCCAGUCUGCUGAGAACGCCUGUGGCCAUGACUUUGAGAUCAAAAUAGUCAGUGACUACGGCCCAACCAUUGCCACUCAAAUCAGGACUCAGAUACAGAAUCCUCUUAAGAGCAUGCUGGUGGAUGUAGAGGAGGAAUUCAGCAAUAUGACCAAUAUGAAGUUGAGCCUGGAUGAGACAGUGGAACAGAUAAAGUCCAACAUUUCUGAGAAGUUAAAUGAUAUAAAGCAGCUAAAGGAGCAGAUUCGCAGACUGGAUGAGCAGUUGGAGCGUGAUAUGCAGGAUAUGGCUCAUGAAGAGGAAAAGUGGGCAGCAGAUGUGGAUUCUGCUGAAAGUCACAAGAAGCUUCUAGAAAAGAAAGUCAUGGAUGGACAUGAGGAGGCAGAAGAGCAGCUGAAAGCAGCCCAGCAACAGUACCAUCUUGUUCUUCAGGAAACCAAAGAAGAAAGCCGGAUGGUGGCAAACAAUCUGACGCAUGUUUUCACUGCUGCAGUUGAACACUUGAAUAUAGUUGAGAAACAUUGUAACGACCAACUGAAAAAGAUGGACAAGAUGAAUGACAUUAUCUGUGAAGACCAAGCAGAUCUGCAGCAGCUGAAGGAAAUGGUAGAAAACUUUGUUGCUAGAGCAAAUAGUUUUUAAUAACUGAAUGGAAAACCAAAUUGUAAAUAGUGUUGUACUAAUAGUUUUUUGUGCUACUGUUUAAAGGAAAGUAUUGUAUGUUGACCUUGGAAACCUGCAGUGUACUUUUAUGUCCUGUUUUAAAAAAAAAAAAAUGUUCAUGUAAAAUAUCAUGUUAAUGCCAAUUAAAUAUUCUUUGUCUAGCUAGUUAAAAGAGAAAGUACUAAAGCUCCAGAAAUACAAUAAAGUUAUUUUUCCUUAUGGAUUGAACAUAAAGACCAUAAGUUUCAUACAA